AUGGUUCGAAACAAGGAUGAGAUAGGUAAGGCCAAGCAAUUUAAGUGGUCUAAACCUAUGUCUCAGAUGCUACUUAAAGUAUUAGCAGAAAAGGCUAUUAAAGGAAACAAGCCAUCUUUAACUUUCAAGCCUAAAUCUUUUACACCAGUAGUCGUGGAAAUCAAUAAAAAAAAAAAAAUUGGAGUUGAAUGUCUUAGUGAGCAUGUUGAAAAUCGUUUGAAGACAGUGAAAAAGGAGUGGAUUACCAUUUCAACACUUCGAGCCAAAAGUGGAUUUGUAUGGGAUGAUAAUUUAAAGAUAGCAAAUACUGACAAACAUGUUUAUAAGAGGAAGUGA